GGCCAGCAGGGUGCGUUGCGCCGCGCGGUGUCUGAGGCGGCGGCUCCGCUCCGCGCCCGCCGCGCCCGCUCCCGCCGGUACCGGAGAUUUGUCCUUUCCCCCCUGCAGCGAGUGCCCUGUGUGCCAGAGGAGGUGGGAACACCUGCCCAGGAGCAACCGAGGAAUCCAGAAAAAUCAGGGAAUCCACGCGGAUCCGGGACAGAACGAGGCUGCUCUGCAGUAGGAAGGAUUCUCCUGUGCUGGGCCCGGAGCCGAUGGCAGAGAAUGUCCACAACUAACAACAUAGCGCAGGCCCGGAAGCUCGUGGAGCAGCUCCGCAUCGAGGCCGGGAUCGAGAGGAUCAAGGUCUCCAAAGCUUCCUCGGAGCUGAUGAAUUACUGCGAGCAGCAUGCCCGGAGCGAUCCGCUCCUGGUGGGAGUUCCCGCUUCCGAGAAUCCCUUUAAGGACAAAAAGCCCUGUAUCAUCCUAUAGCUCCGGAUCCCUCCGGAAGGGAAUCCCCAUCCAGCCUCUGGAUCCAGGCUCCUCCACACCUCCACCUGCGCCCAGGGGUAAAAACUCAAUGCUGGCUUCAAACAGAACUUAAAAAUUCCCGAGAAAAACAACAACCACAAAAAAAAAAACCCGAGAAAAACAAACAAACAAACAAAA